CCUACUUCCAGGAACCUAACUAAACAGAAAAUUAUCGGAAAAGUAAGUUUGGAUUUCCAACUCUCCGAAGAAUACAUGGUGGACUGAAUAAUUUAAUUAGAUCUUAUAGCAGGUUUCUAUAUUGAUAAUACAAGCUUGAGCCUGUUGAAGAGAAUAUUUGUUCAACCAUGGCACUCUGGGCAAAAGUCCAGCAGCUGCCACAGGAAGCACUGAGUCAAGUACAAAGUGCCUACAGCAAUUAUUUUCCUUUGGAAGUGAGACAUUACUUUGCAUCAUGGAUUGAAGAGCAGCCUUGGAAAGAUAUAGAUGACACUAACCCCCACCAUGAACAGUAUGCCAACCAGCUAUUUGCACAGAUUAUGGAAUUGAUAGAGGCUAAGGCCAAUGACAGUACCUUAGAGUUUCUGGUCAGAUUGAACUUCCAGAAUGUUGCUAAGCAAUUUAAGGAUGUGUACAGUAACCAGCCGAUGAACCUUGUUCGUAUUGUUCGCAACUGUUUGGUGAAUGAAGAGGACUUGGUCAGAACUGCAGAAUCUAUGUCACCCCUUAGUAUGACGUCAAUGCAAGCAACGCUUGAUGAUAAGACAAAACAAGAAAUAAAAUGUUGCAUGGAUCUCCUCGAUAAAAGAACAAAUGAAACAGAUCAGGAUUUGCGUCACAUGCAGCUCGUUCAGGAGAAAUUUGUGAUAGAUUAUCAAAACCAAGCAAAAAUUUCAGCAAACCUUACACAUGUACAGCAGCAGCCGCCAAGUGCAAGCCGUGCUGAAAUGGAGACUAAAUUGAAACAGGAGAAGGAAGAAAUGGAUCGACAGCUCCUUUCUUCAGCUCAACAGAUUCUUCAACAAAGACUGGCAUUAGCAAGUAAACAUAAAGACACAUUGACAACAUUAGAAACAUUAGCGAAGCAAGUUGUUGAUGAUGAAUUAAUUGCAUGGAAACAGAAGCAGAAACUGGCUCUCAACGGUGCAUCAUUUGAUGCUACUAUGAUUGAUGUUCUUCAGAAAUGGUGCGAGUCAUUAGCAGACCUUAUCUGGCGUAACAGAAUGCAAAUUAUCAAAGUAGAUUUGCUGCGACAACAGUUGCCAAUUGAUGUUCCCCAAAAUGUAACUGAUCUUCAACCGGACCUUAACCGUUUAGUAACUGGUCUUCUCUCAAACCUUGUCACUAGUACAUUUAUAGUAGAACAACAGCCACCACAAGUGUUGAAGAAAGAUUCUAGAUUUACAGCCACAGUGAGAUUAUUGGUUGGUGGGAAACUGAAUUUGCAGUUAACUCCCCCAAGAGUUAAAGCUACGAUAAUCAGUGAACAGCAAGCAAGAAGUUUGCUUCAAAAUGAGGAUGGUAGAAGACAUCAGAAAUGUGGAGAUAUUUUGAACAAUGAAGGCCCAAUGGACUACCAUCAGCAUUCAGGGCAGCUCAGUAUCACAUUUAGAAAUAUGUCAUUAAAGAAUAUCAAACGUGCGGAUAGAAGAGGGGCAGAGGUACAUACAGUAGCAGAGGAGAAAUUUUGUAUCUUUUUCUCUUCCGAUUUCAAUGUUGGUGGUAACGAGCUAAAGUUUCAGGUCUGGACGCUGUCAUUGCCGGUGGUGGUCACAGUUCACGGGAACCAGGAGUGCCAGGCAACAGCAACAUACCUCUGGGAUAAUCAGUUUUCAGAACCAGGUAGAACACCUUUCCAAGUGCCAGACAAAGUGCCAUGGUCAGAUUUGGCCAAAAUGUUGUCGACUAAAUUCUGUGCCAUGACAGGACGAGGACUUAGUGAUAGCAAUCUCAAAUAUCUCGGCAAUAAAUUGUUUGGAACAAGUGGUACAGUGGACUUCAGUAGUGCUGUUGUUACAUGGGCUCAGUUUAACAAGGAGAACUUGCCAGGAAGAAAUUUUACGUUUUGGGAAUGGUUCUGGUCAGUAGGCAAGCUGGUGAAGGAACACUUGAAGGGUCCAUGGACUGAUGGGCACAUAAUAGGCUUCAUGGAUAAAACCGAGUCUAAUGAUCUCUUGCUGUCUCAGCCUAACGGGACAUUUUUGUUACGGUUCAGUGACGGUACAGUAGGAGGGAUUACCAUAGCCUGGGUAGCCGAUCAGCCAGACAAACCGGGUGAGAGACAGGUAUGGAAUUUGGCACCCUUUACCAUCAAAGAUUUUGCAAUACGUGGUUUAGCAGAUCGUAUCAAGGAUUUGACUUCCCUCGUGACACUGCAUCCAGACAUUCCAAAAGACACAGCCUUUCAGAGAUACUAUUCUCCACCUACGUCGGAUACCACACCUAGUCUGGUGCAGGGAGGUUAUGUAAAAACUACACUCAUCAAUAUAAUUGACGGACAAGUGCCUACACAGCCAUCAGGAGUGGUAGAUUUUAACAACCCGCAGACACCACAGGCAUAUGCAGGACCUGCUUCUCCCCCUUCAUACCCGAAUCAGACAGUGACUGCUCGAGGAGAUGCAACGAUGAUGGACUCCGUAAUUGAAGGGGGAGAAGUAGAUUUUGUCGGAGUGGCUUCUCCGGAGUAUGCAAAUGAAGACAUUGACCUGAACAGGAUCAAUGAGUGGCUGUCCACACAGGGAAACUUUCAGAAUGACGCUAUGAACACAUGAAAAACAAAAUCAUCAUCACAUGCUUUCUGUUAAACUGAGAACAAAAUGAGUGGUCAGAGUGAAAGUGUUUUAUAUGCAUGUAGAUAAACAAGCACAUAGAACAGUUUUGGUCUUGCUUCUUGAAAUAUAGACAAGCAUACCUCCAGAAUGCACAAAAUGAUAGAGAAGUUUUUAUAAAGACUGAAUACAAACAACAUUUUGUCUGUUAAGUCUCAAAACUCGUACUUCAGUUUUUCAGUUGAUGUCUAAAUGUAUGAUACAAAGCGGCACUAAAUACAUGUACUUUUACUUCUUCCUCAGAUUUAUACUGCAUUACUAACGCUGAAAGCAGCAAAGCUGCAUUUUUUUUUACAAAAUUUACGCAUGUUUUUAUCAAUAAUUGCUGUGUAGAACUUGCCGAAUCACUGUGUUUAUACUUUCUAUUUUCAUUUCUUACCAAAGCAACAUUUGUUUUCUUAUUUUAAAAGAAAAGUAUUACUGUACUAGUAAUCUGGAGUUAUGCCUGUCUUAUGAUGGAUAGAAAUUGAAGACAUGUGACUGUUCAGGAUGUCCCUCUUUUGAGGAUUGUAGAUACCUGUAAAUAUUGAGAGAUAACAAGAUUGCUUAUAGACCUGGUGAUUUAAAAGCUAUUUUUAUAUCCUGAAUGCUUUUUAACCAAUCACUUCACCAUCAGAAGUUAUCAUUUAUGAAUGAACUGUGUGUUUAGUUGUUUUUACUGUAAACUGACAGUAAAUAGACUAUUUGUUGCAGCAUAAUUUAGAAUUGUUAACAAGCUUGUAACAGAUACAUAUCAAAGUUAAACCAACUCCUUUGUUUUAUGUUUCUUGGGGACCAAAUUUUAGUCCUGUCGCCUUUAAUAAAUUCCUUGUCUGUUGUAUUGGUCCGCAGCCUAGGACCUUUGGUCAGUAUAUAAUGUGAAAAUAUAUUUUUGGCAAAUUUCAUCAGAUGAUUGCAUGUGCGACCCGAUAUUUUAGGCCAUGUAGUUCAAACAUCAAGGCCACAAAGUCCUUGAUUGAAAAUGACUUGUGAUCAAUAACUUUGGAGGAUCAUUACCUAUGGUCAGUAGACGAUCUCGAUUGUCUUGAAACCAUUGCAUCAAAGGUCAAGGCCACAGUAUACUUGAUACUAAAAUUUACUUGCACAGAUCAUAUUUGGGGCAUAUGUGUUUACAAACAGCUCUUGUGUGCAAGUUUUAUAUUUUUGAGUAUUCACCCAAAAAUAAAGUUUGCAAAUUUGCAUUUUUUUUUGCUCAUACUGGUGACAAUAGGGUAACAUCUAGUGCCUAAGCCAAAAAUUGAGAUUUUUUAGUCAGAAUUCUCAAGAAUGGGACUGUCGGGCUUCUGUCUAAAGCUUUAAAUUUGUAAAUGCAGCAUGUUUCAAUACUUGCAUACCAGAAUGCUUAUGAAGACGUUGAAAUGCAUUCUUUACUGCUAAAGCUAGAGCUUUCUUGAAGAUCUUUAAAUGAUGUUAAGAUUUAAUGAUGUUAAGAUUUAAAUUUGUGUAGUUUGUGAUAAAUGUACAAACACUUUUCUGCACAUGCUGAAUUUUUGUUGUCUCAAACUGACCAGUUCAUUGGUUGAGAUUCUAAGUUCAACAUUAUUAUUAGUGACUUUAGGUGUUUUAAUUUUUUAUUGUUAAGUAAAAAUAUUAUGAAAUACUGUAUUAACUGUCAUAAUUUUUUUAUUUCAUUGUUCUUCCUUAAGUAUUCUUCCUUAGGUUUUGUACCAUUCAUCAUGACUAUUGGCUGAUAAUAUAUAUCCACCUCAAAAGUUAUCACAAGUUAGGAUUUUAGUCAGCUGAAUGCAACUUUAGCUUACUGCCGAAGGUAACUGAAAAACUGUUGAAAGAUGGUGUUUCAAGAACACAACAAUAUUGAAAAAUGAGUUAAUGUUAGGGUUGUUGGAUAUAUAGCUGGUCAAUUACAUAUACUUCCAUAUUGUAUAAAAAUGUAUCUUAGGUAUAAAUUGAGGGGUGUUGAUGCAGUUAUAAAUUUCAAAUAUUGUACAUUUACACUUUACAGUCGUAUUGUGCUAAUUUCUUGAUUUUCUAAACAUUGUUGGAAGUACCAGUUAUUUUUAUAAAAUCUCAAAAACCAUUUGGUGUGUGUGGUGGGGGUGGGAGUUAAUACACAGAAUAUUUGUCUGUAUCAGUGUAAGAUUGAAAUACCUUUGAGUGAACAUUAGAUGCAAUAUUUUCACGAGUGGCACAUCUUUGAGGGAAAAUUUUGAUUUGGGGUUAAGUACAAAGUAUUUUGAUUUUAGUGUAAGACAAACAAUUUUGUUCUUAUUUCAUGUCUUAAUUGUUUUUAUACCCCCACCUUGUUUGGGGGGGGGGGCUAUACAGGAGUCAGUUUUGUCCUGUCCUGUCACAUCGCGUCCCGAAAUCUAUUAUCUCAGUUACUACUAAAUCGAUUUGACUCAAACUUAAAAUAGAUGUAUCACCUUAUCACCCACAUCAUGUGACACAAGGUGCAUAACUCUGACACCAACUUUUCAUGAAUUAUGUCCCCUUUUACCUAGAAUUUAAGGUUAAUUUUGAUGCAUUUUCACUAUAUCUCAAUUAUUACUAAAUGGAUUUGAUUCAAACUUAAAAUAGAUGUUCCACCUUAUCACCCACAUCAUGUGACACAAGGUGCAUAACUCUGACACCAACUUUUCAUGAAUUAUGCCCCCUUUUACUUAGAAUUUAAGGUAAAUUUUUAUGCAUUUUCACUAUAUCUCGGUUAUUACUAAAUGGAUUUGAGUCAAACUUAAAAUAAAUGUUCCACCUUAUCACCCACAUCAUGUGACACAAGGUGCAUAACUCAUUCAUUUUUAGUGUAUCUCUUAUAUUAGAGAUUUUUAUAUUUACCUCAUCCCUCAUCCUGGGCACAUAUUCUAGUAUUACUUAUAUGUGACGAGGAAGCCCAGGAUGAAAUACUCCAAAGACGAGCAAAAUUUUUUUUUAAGUAUUAAGGUUUUUCUGACGUUUUGUUUUAUAUUAUUCUAAUUGUUUUUAAAAUUUCUUAUGGUUGAUGGUUGUCAGUCUUUGACAAGACUGUAUGGUGGGGGUAUAAGUCACUCCUGUGACAGUUUUAGUUUUCUUACCAAAUUAUACCAGUUUUGCACAUGCAGCAUCACUUGCCAUGUGUAAAAUCAUGUCGUCCUAAUGUUAAUAUUGGAAAAAGGGUAAAUAGGUCUGAGGUCAAGGUCUCAGUAACCUUCAGACUGAAAAUGGUUUCUGCUCAAUAACUAAAGAACGCUUUGGCAUACUGUCAUCAAACAUCAUAGAAUAAUUGCCUAGGGUCAAUAGAUUGGAGAUAGGUUAGUGGUCAAGAUGGUAAUGACAUUGGGACUGAAAACGGUUUCUGCUCAAUAACUAAAGGAAGCUAUGUCAUACAGUUUGUCAUCUUCAUUGGAUGAUUGCCUGUGGUCAGUAGAUGAUUCAAAUUUUUUGGGAUCAGUAGGUCAAUGGUCUAAGUGACAAUGACCUCGAGACUGAAACUUGUUUCAGCUAAAAUUCCAGAGAUGGGUUUGAUUGUCAGUCUUUAUAGGAUGGUUACCCGUAGUCAGUAGAUGACCCAUAUUGUAUUUGAGGUCAUUCGGUCAAAGGUCAAGGUCACAGUAUACUAAAUUACAUAUCUACUUUCCAGUCCUAGGCCAUCAUGGGAAACAUAUUUGUUUUCAUAUUGUUCUUGUUCACAAAAGAAAAGCAUCUUCAGGUGCUUUUGAAAUGAAAAAAAUGCCACUUUCUAUACACGAGUUUAUAGACUGGAUACCAUUUUUAGGUGUUUUGUUUUCAAUGCAUAAAGUACAUUUUUUCAAGGGUUUAAAUGGAAUGGAUUCAGUACUAUCCUUCUUCCUGUAACCAGUAACAGUUUAAAAUGCUCAUAAUGCCUGUCGUAUCUUCUUAAGAUUCUGAAAACAUGGUUAAUAUUCCUUGAGCACUGUUUUACUUACUUCUUACUAUGAAAUAGUUUUAUUUCUUGAUUUUGUGUAAAAUGAUUAUUUUGUGGGGAUAUGAAUCAGUUAAUUUCAACAUUCGAACAAAAUAAAUUUAGAAUUUUAAAUUUUACCAGUUUGUUUGGAUUAAUUUUUGCAGAUUGACUCAACCACAAAAUCCAUGAAAAUUGCCCCCCCCCCCCCCCCCUCCCCCUAAAAAAAAUUAUUAAAAAAUUAAUGAUUUUACAGUAUCACCAGUAAAAUAAAAUACAGAUAAAUUCACUCGUAAAUAGACUCUCACUUUUAUAAGGAUCAAAGGCAAUCAUAAUCUUGUGAUUUCUCAUAUCUCUUCCUAAUUGUGAUAACAUGUAGGUUUUAACUAUUGCUCUAUUUUUUAUCAGUCUAUAUUUAGGAUCCUCAAUUUUGUAUAAAAUCUUGCAUACAGGUAUAUUGUUUUUAAAUGAAGAUAGACUGGCUUAUCGGUCUAUAUUUUGGAUCUUUGAUUUUGUAUAAAAUCCUGUCUAUAUUGUAUUAAAAGAAGAUAGAGUUUCUUAUCUGAUGAGUCAAUAUCUAGGACGUUGAUUUUGUAAAAUGUCCUGUGUACAUUAUAUUUAAAUGAAGAUAUUUGAAAAUUUCACCCCGGUGAUGAAAUACAAGUUUUAAAGGUGACUCUUGCACAGUAUUUUAGUACAGUCUCUAGUCAUCAUGUAGUCAAAGCAGACUUAAAAAGCUUGUUUUUAUGCUAAAAAAAAUAUUUUUUUACAAUAUAGGGUGUAGUUAUGUAAUAACAUUGGAUACAAACUGUUUCUCUUACAUGAAAACUAUAUUUUAGAGGGGCUUAAUGCCAGUACACAUUAUAGUUUCAGAUAUUUUGAAACACGGCCAAAUUAAGCAUGUAGUCUGCGUACUUGUAAUGAAUACUUUUGGGUCUGAUACUACUUUUUAUGACCACUGGUUAAAAGUUAGCUACAAACACCUUUUUAUCCAGGUCUUUCAAUACUUUCUUGCUAAAUUUGUUUUGGUUUCUUGGUAACUUAAAUGUAAAGCUAGAUAUUUAUGUCAAAUUUAGACCUUUUAAUCAUUGUUGCUUUUCUGUUUCAUUUUUUCACCCGAGUGCAAAAAGUGAUUAUCUGCAUUGACAUUAAGAAGGACUUACUCACUUUUUGCAUUGAAGUAAGCAGUCCAUUAUAUGUUUUACAUUGAAUAAACAUAUUCAGCCGAUUCAUGACAGCAGACUGUACAAACCUUUAGCCUGCUGGCAGCAAGUGAUUCUGCCUUUGCGACCACUGCACUGUUCGCUAUUCAGUCAGUAAAUUUUCAGUGAACACCCCUUUGAAUAAUAAGUGGUACUCCCCAAACUGAAUGAUGGAUCAGUCCAUUUAAGAAAUUUAGCAGGCUAAGGGUUAAGAAGUGGACUUAUAAUGAAAACAGUUAUUUUUAGUUCAAAUAUGUGUCCUUUAUAUGCAGUUUUGGCAUUCACCUGUUGUUAUAAAAAUGUAGUUUUCUGUUUUAUUGGAAAGAUGCUAAAACGCAUUCAAGACUACAUAAUUGCACGGAAAUUGCGGAUGGUCAGUUCAAGACCACUCCCUUAAAUCUAGCCCUAUUCACCUUCUCGGCAAAGUAAAGUGAGCUGUAAAAAAAGAAUAUUUCAUCUUACUGCAACAGUAUUAAGAGUAGCUCAUUGUUUGGUCAUUAAAUAUGUGGGCUUAUGUUCUCCGUGACAAUUUACCAAAAAGAAGGUGUUCUCAAGUUGACAACCUCCAUAUCUAAGUUAUGCAGAGAAAUUGUUAGUUACUUGCAGAGAACAAGUAGGUGCUUGAACAGACUAACUUAAGAUUAAAGCUUCUAUUACAAAAGAAGAAAAUAAUAUAAAAAAAUCUGUCUCUGCAAAUUAGUUGGCAUCAGACUUGCAAGAGCCAGUUUUCGGACAGGGUUUAGGGUUAUUUUCAUGAAGGCCUGUUCUUAUUUGAGCCGCGCCAUGAGAAAAUCAACAUAAUGGGUUUGCGACCAGCAUGGAUCCAGACCAGCCUGCGCAUCCGCGCAGUCUGGCCAGGAUCCAUGCUGUUCGCUAAUGGUUUCUCUAAUUGUAGUAGGCUUUAAAAGCGAACAGCAUGGAUCCUGACCAGACUGCGCGGAUGCGCAGGCUGGUCUGGAUCCAUGCUGGUUGCAAACCCACUAUGUUGGUUUUCUCAUGGCACGGCUCAUUAAUUGUGUCAUUAAGACCAUUAUUUGUUAGCAAGCUUGAUUAAUAUGUGACAGUCUUUCUAAAUGAAGUCAAAUGCUGCUGUGCCUGUAUCCUUACUGGAACUUGUUCAUGUAUCAAAGAAUUCUUCUGUAAAUUGAAUUGUAAAAUUUUGCUUAUGGUGUAAAGGUUUUGCUCAAAAUGUUACCCAGAAACAUGUUCUAUGCACCAGUCAGUUAAAUAUUGUUUAGAAUGUUAACAUGUAUUUUUAUAAAGGUUUCUUCAUAUAUGUCUUCCUUGUAUUUUUGUAUAGUGCCAAGUUCUCUCAUUAGCUUUAUAAUACAAGCAUUGUUAACCUUUAGCCUGCUGGUGGCAAUGAUUCUGCCUUUGCGACCAGUGCAGACCAAGAUCAGCCUGCACAUCCGUGCAGUCUGAUCAUGGUCUGCACUGUUCGCUAUUUCAGUCAGUGAAUUUUCAGUGAACACCCCUUCAAAUAAUAAAUUGUAUUGCCCAAAUUGAAUGAUGGACCAGUCCAUUGUAGAAAUAUAGCAGGCUAAAGGUUAAGGCAGACGUAUACUUCCAGACGCAGCUUUGCGUCCCUCUAAAAUGCUCAUCUGACAUGACUGUGUGCUUGUGCCUAAUUUGGUAACAUCAGUCAAAACUGCAAAGGGAUGAAAUAACACAGUUAACUAGGGUUUGAGUGAUCCAACCAGAGAAAGUAUAAGGAAAAUGGCCAGGAACCAUACAAGUCAGCCCUGGGGCUUGAGCCAUCAUUUCUCAAGCAAACUGCGUUUCACAGUAUUCCGAACGCAAUGAUCUAUUCUAAUUGACUGCAGGGGAGGUAAUUAAACAAAGACCCUUAACGAAAGUAGUGUAUUGUACAUUUCAAUAUUUUAGUUAUUACACCUGUUUUGCAAUAGAAAAGCAAUAAUUUGUAAUUUUUCCUUUGUUUUAACUUUUAUAAAAUUAGCAGACUGAUAUUCCGGAUGCCAAAUCAUAAUUUAGAAUUUUUGAUGUUAUCCAAAUAACUUCAUUCUCAAACUAUUAAUAGCCAAAGUGUGUCUGUAUUUUAGGUCAUAUAGCUAAUGUGAAUGCAUAUUAUUUGAUAGCUGAUAAAAUCUGUACAACAAGAAACAAGGCCUUGAAGGUUUCAGUACACCAUAAAGGCGACUCUUCCAGAAGACUGUUAGUAAUGACUGUGGGGACCUGAAAAGACUAUAUUGGUUUAUUAAACUCUUGAACUUCAGUUAACCUCUACAGUCUUAUAGUGUCAUUUAAGUAGUUUUAUUAGGUGGAUCAACCUUUAUAUAAACAAUGCAUUAUUAUAAAACUGUUUUGAAAAAUACCCCCUUUUUUUUUAGACUCCUAGUUUUACUUUAACCCAUUUUGUCCGUCUACAUAUAAUAAGGGACAUAAAGCCAAUCUUGUCCAUUUUUGUUGUUUCUGAAUUUUGAGACUGAAAGGCAUAAUUGCUCUAAUAAUUUGUUUUUUUUUUCUCAUUUCACAUCAGACAUUUUUGUAUUCAUAUGCAUUCCAUUGAGUGAUUGAGAUUUGACUGGCCAUAAUCAAUAAAGAUCUUAAUGUGU